AAUUUACAUAGUCUCGCCGUGGGACCGACGGAACGGGAAAAGCUGCCCGUGGGACGGCGACGAAACUCCCGAGCUUCGGCGAACAAACCGAAAGUCAGAUAAGAGAAGUGCUGAUUUCCACGCAAGCGGCGCCGAUUCUCGGCUUUUACUUCUAGCGCUGGAAGGAACCAACGCGGGAUAAGUGAUUGGAGUUGACAAGCCCGCUCCACUACUGUAUCUACCCCCUCCUCUUCCUCCUCCUCCUCCUCCUCCUCCUCCUUCUCCUCCUCCUCAUUCUCUCCACAAACCAGGAAAUCGUCGAGGUGUGCUUCUUUAUCCCGUUUGUGGCUACCCCGUUUACGGGUGUAGAUGAAACUACCCCCCCCCCCCCCCUUCGAUUUCGACUUUUCCUUAUUCCACUCGCGUGCCCCCUUUGAAGCCGGCUUCCCCCCUCCCUCCACCCUGAAGUCAAACGAAGUUCCCCUCGAGAGGACUCAACUCUCUGGCUUGAACAAUGAGUGAGUCAAGUAUUUGCCAGGCGCGGGCCACCGUUAUGGUUUACGACGAUGGUAACAAAAAGUGGCUCCCAGCUGGUACUGGACCCCAGACCUUCAGCAGAGUCCAGAUCUACCACAAUCCCGUCAACAACGCCUUCAGGGUCGUAGGACGCAAAAUGCAGACGGACCAGCAGGUGGUCAUUAACUGUCCAAUUGUGAGAGGUCUCAAGUACAACCAGGCCACUCCCAAUUUUCACCAAUGGCGAGAUGCUCGACAAGUGUGGGGGCUCAACUUUGGCAGCAAAGAAGAUGCGGUCCUCUUUGCCAACGGCAUGGCUCACGCUCUGGAGGUUCUCAACUCAAUGCCAGAUGCAGGUUAUGCAACCCUCCCUCGUCCGGUGUCCAACGGACCUUCUCCAGAGGAACUUGAACAGCAGCGGAGGUUGGAGCAGCAAAGAAUUGAACAGCUGGAGCGGGAACGACAGGAGAGAGAAAGACAGGACUUUGAACGGCAGGAAAGAGAGCGGCUGGAGAGAGAAAGACAAGCUACUCCAGUCCAUAUUCCUCCAGCUCCACCAUUGGCUCCCGGGGGUCCCGCUCCUCCUCCAGCACCUCCUCCACCUCCUGGGCCUCCCCCAGCUGCUGGCAUACCCCCUCCUCCAGGCCCUCCUCCCUCAGGACCUCCACCAGCCCCGCCACUGCCCGCUCCAAGCGGAGGAGGAGGCGGCGGCAUUGGUGACGGGGGAGGUGGAGCAGGAGGCCUUGCAGCUGCCUUAGCUGGUGCUAAACUCCGCAAAGUGUCCAAACAGGAGGAUGGAGGCAGUGCAACUCCAAUCAGCAGUGCGCCUCCUAUCGCCAGAAACGACCCCAGCCGCAGCAGCACCGCCUCUAUUGGUGGAGGAGGCGGAGGAGGGGGAGGUGGUUUGAUGGGUGAAAUGAGUGCUAUUUUGGCCAGAAGGAGGAAAGCUGCCAACACCGGAGAAAAGCCACCUCCAGUUAAAACACAAGAUAACGAUGACUCAGACUCUCAAGGUCAAGCUGAAGCACCUCGAAGACCCUGGGAAAAAACACCAAUGAUCAGGAAUAACUCCAUCCCCAAGAGCAUGGACUCCACCCCCUCAUUGUCCCAGGUUUUAAGGACAAAGGGAGCUGGAAACAAUAACGAUGCAGGAGGAUCGGAUGACUCUGAUUUAGAGAAACUGAAACAGGAGAUCUUGGAGGAGGUGCGAAAAGAACUACAGAAAGUCAAAGAGGAAAUAAUCGGAGCCUUUAUUCAAGAGCUUCAAAAGAGAGACACGUAGUUCCUUGGAUGAUGGGAUGUUAAUGGAGGGUGUCUGAUCUUGCUGGGACCUCCUCUGUGCCCUCGUGUAGCCCAGGGAUCUGUCUUUCUCCUAAAAAGUUUUCUCUUUUCUGUGUAUCUUCCACAAAUACACAAGCAAAUUUUUUUUUUUUUGGUUGGCAUAUUUGCAACAAAACUUCAGAUCAUGUAAAUCAAGCAACCUCCUCACAUCAUAACCCAGCACUCCAGUUCAUCAUCCAUUUCCUUCUAUCCUCCUUAUUUAGAGCUUCCCUCUGUCGACUGUAACUGCCAUAUGAAAAGGGAGGCACACUGCUAAAACCACACUUUCAAUUUGCUGCAAAGAAAAUCCUCCUACCCGUGGAAUAAUCCAUACGAUUCAGGGAAAGUGUUAACUGUUUUUCUGUUAUUGCAAGAUGCUGGGAUCUUUUUUCUUUUUUUUGUCUUGUGACGAAACUGUUUCAGACACCUGGGUUUAGUCGGUCUCCAAACGGUAGACGACAACACUCCAGGAUGUUCUGCGAACCUGACUUGUUCACCAUUGCCAUGCAUCAAUAUAAAAGUGGAUAUACAACCUAAGCCUUCACUGCUGUAACACAGAAAACGCUAGAAGAAGAGACGAGCAAAAGGGACAAAGCGAGUGCUGUGAAAGAGGAGCGUGUUGUAGUUUUAUUAUGUCUGACAACUGUACUGAUAUUUUGCAUUGCACUCGAUCCAGAGGAUGUGUGUCUGUCGCCUUACCAUGACGGGCUUUUCCCUCUCACUCAAAACGAGAUAUCGUUGGCCGUUGCAGUGGUCCUACUGUAUACUGUGCUGCCAUUUAUUAUUUUGUUCCUUUCUAGCUGUGUUUCUCUUAAUUUUGAGACUUAAAAUGGCCAUCAUGUGGUCAGAUAAUUUGGCCAUGACCAAUUGCCUUGAGAAUAAUAUGAAAUUAUAUAUAUCUAUAUAUGAGGAAAUACAUAUAUAUAUGUUUAAGGGAAAAACAAAUUAGAUGUUCCUUUUUUUAAUUAAAAUAACUGGUGAUUGGGGAUUUAAUUUCUGACAGUUUUCUUAUGAAAUGUUAUUUUUUGGGUUCUUUUUUUUUCUAAUAGUAUAGGCUUUUUACACUGAGAUAUAAAGAAAACAGCUUAGAAACACUGGAUUAGAAAUGCCUUUAUAGUCAAAUACAGCUGCUUCCUAAAAUGCACCACUUUGUCUUGAGUCGUUUUUUAAAAGAUAUCUGUGAAUAAAAAAAAAAUAACGUCUGC